AUGCAGAUGCAGCCGAGCCUAGAACUGCAGCAAGUCUCUAAGGCUCAGGAGAUUCCACAUCACACCAGCAGUCUAGUCUUCGACUUCCACCCCUUGACUCUCCUGGUCAGCCGCACUGACAAUAAUAAUAAUACUCACCAAACCAGUCCUCCUUAUAUCCCUGGUAUCCACCAAAGUCUAACUCCCUAUGUAGACCUUACGAGACAGGACUCGCUCCUCCUGCACCAUUACACCUCCAUAGCAUGCCAUACCCUCUUCCACCCCCUUGACCAAGGCCGGGCCUACAUAUGGCAGUCUCUCGUGCCCCAGCUGGCUCACAUAUACCCGUUUGUCAUGCACAACAUCCUUUCCCUCGCUGCAAUGCACCUCGCCUCUCUCCAGCCGCAUCUCCUACACAAAUACACCCUCCUCGCAGCCAGACACCAGUCCCACGUCAUCAAGGCCGCCCGGGCCCGCGUAGCCAGUCAACAGGUCACCAGCCAGAACUGCAGUGCAGUCGUCAUUUGCUCCAGUCUCCUACUCCUCUAUGAGCUAGCCAUCUUGCACCCGUCGUACUUUGUCUCGGAACGCGCGGUGUCUACCACCUCGACUUCAACCUCUGCUGCACAGCGGGUAGAUGAGAUCGUGCAGAAGAUGCUGGUCAUGCGUCAUCUGGUCGGGCUCUGGAAUAUAAGUAUGGCCUUGUUCAGCCAGGGCCCGGCUCGCUGCUUGCUCUCCACGGGAACGCUGGACGUUACCUCUCCGCUAGCCGUGGAGGUAAGAUCCUCCCUAGAUCGGGUGUUGUUGGCCACUACCACGCUGCAUGUACCGGAUGCAUACGCUGCUGCAAUCGACUCGCUAUGGCACUGCUUCAAGUGCUGUGUCUUGUCGACUCCGCCGGACUGGCUAAGGGCUCUGGCUUGGCCGAAUAUGGUUCCACGACUGUUCAUGUCUGAGCUGCUGGAGAGGAGGCCUCUUGCUUUGGUCCUGGUGGCUCAUUACUGUGCCCUGCUGGUGCUGCAUCCGGGCAGUUGGUGGAUGCACGGGUGGCCGCAGCCGGUGCUUUUUGCUCUGGUUGAAGCUGUCAGUGAAAGUGGACAUGCUCACUGGAGAGAUCUGUUUGCCUGGCCAUUGAAGGUUGUUACCAGCCAUCAGCCUGAGUGUGGGGAGUGA